GUUGGAGGAUGGAGGGUUUUCAUCAUCCCACUGAGUUAUAAAUGCCUCCAAAAACUGGACACCGGCUCUUCCUCACUGAAACAAGAACAUUUGAACUACACAACAAGCCAAAUGGACUCUUGAGCUGGUGCAAGUCUAAGGUUGAGCAGCAGUGAUGGACGUAUACUGCAGUAAUAACGUUCUUCAGGCCAGGAGAACCGUGGAGCAGCUGCGACUGGAGACAGAACUGCAGAGAGUCAAGAUUUCGGCAGCAGCGGAGCAGAUCGUCCAGUACUGUCAGGAACACAGGAGAGCCGAUCCACUGCUCACCGGGAUCGCAGCGUCCUCCAACCCGUUCAAAGACAAGAAGACAUGCGUGCUGCUGUAAUCAACAAUCUUACUUUUUAUUUGCAGUCUUGAAACGACACCUUGAAAAAUCAAACUGAAUUAUACAUUUAUAAAGCUUUUGGGAAAAAAAUAAGCAAUCAAACAAAAAAGAGAUUUUGAUCACAGGACAUUCAGUCAGUCACAGAGCAACUUAUAACUCUGCAAUUAUAAAUAAUUCAUAAAUAUGGACUUUUU